GCUGUGCGCGACCCAUCGUCAGAUGUGCCGUUGUUACGCGCGCGCGUGUGUGUGUUGCGAUUUAACUCCGAUUCUUUUUGCGCACAAAAAGCCCGCGUGCAGGUCCAUUAAAAUUUAUUCAAUGCGUAUCUCGCUGCACUUAUGCAACCACCUAGGUGAGAACGAACAUCGAUGAGUCUCGUCUUGACGGGCAUUGUUGAGACACGUCAAUAUGAGCGGCGUCAAAAAGAGAGUCAACCAUCGGGCGGUGUUUAAACGGCGCACGAAAACGGAUGACAACGACGAACUGUCAAAAAGUGUCAUCGUGUCGGCGAGAAAGACGGGACAUUUAAAUCUCUCGUCGAGAGGAUUAUCCACGGUACCCGACAGAGUGUGGAGCAUAAAUGAUCUAACAGAAGAGGAAUUAAAUGAUUUACAUUUUGAGCUUGAUUACGAACACAAGGAAGAGCGAUGGUGGGAACAAGAACCACUGAAAGUUCUAGAUCUAAGUUCCAACAGUCUGACUGCAAUCAGUGACAAAAUACAACUUUUGACAGAACUGAAUACUUUAGACCUGCAUAAUAAUUUACUGGAAGAGCUCUCACCGGAGAUUGGAUCGUUGCGCAAAUUAACAUUAAUAAAUUUGUCAGAAAACAAACUGGAAAAAUUACCCACUCAGUUUUACAUGUUGGAGGAAUUGUGCGAAUUGCAUCUGAGAAAUAAUCAUAUAAGUAUACUUGAGCCUGAAAUUGGUAAUCUAAUUAUGUUGACUCAUCUGGAUUUAUCGUACAACAAUUUAAGUGACUUGCCAAUUGGAAUGGGGUAUUUAGUGCGGCUGGUUACGUUGAAUUUAUGUCACAAUACGAUAAAAGAAUUGCCGGCUGAUAUAACCAGCAUGAGAUCGUUAAAAACAUUAGAUGUCAGCUUUAAUCAGUUGGAGAUAUUGCCGCCAUUAGGUGAAUUGCGAAAAGUAGAAAGAGUUAUACUCGAAUCUAAUAAACUGAACACAUUUCCCAACAUAUCAGGUUGCUCAGCUUUAACAGUAUUAUAUUUGGAUAACAAUAACAUUUCCGAGAUCGAUCCGGAAUAUUUAGAAGAAGUAGGACAUAUAAAGAAGCUCACACUGCAAAACAAUAAAAUCGAAGUGAUACCUAAAGAAAUAAUCAGAUUGAUAAAUUUGGAAGUUUUGGAUGUGUCGCAUAACAAUAUAUCUUUAAUACCUUCUUGUGUCGGUAUAUUACCUAAUUUGAAACAGUUUGUGAUAAAGGGGAAUAAUAUAAAGAACAUAAGGGGAGAUAUAAUACGAUGCGGCACGCCUCGUAUUUUGACACACAUUCGUCAAGUUUCGGAUAGUACAAAUGUAAAUACCAGAGAUUUGUUGCAAUCUAGUCCCGGUGGUAGUUUUUAUCCUGAUAAAUAUAUAAUGAAGAGUACAAAACUACUCAGCUUGGCUGGGCAGAAUCUUCUGGAAUUACCAGAUGAUAUGUUGGAGAGCGCAACAGAAGCCUCAGUUGUGACCAUCGAUUUAAGUAGAAACAAAUUAUCAGAAUUGCCUGAUAAAAUGUCCGCAAUCGUUACAGUGACAGAUUUGAAAUUAACUUCAAAUCAAUUAACGUAUCUGCCCGAAUGGAUUGGUGAAAAGUACAAAUAUUUGCAUGUUUUAGACAUAAGUAAAAAUUACUUGGAAUCUUUACCGCUCAGCAUUGGUAGUUUAAAAUACUUGCAAGACAUUGAUCUUUCAUUCAACAGAUUUACUAAACUACCGGAAGCCAUUUACGAUAUUGUAUCUUUAGAAAGCGUAAUUGCCAACGACAAUCUAAUUGUGGAGAUAGAUGUAUCAUCUUUAGAAAAAUUAAAAAGACUAGCGGUUUUAAAUUUGGCGAAUAAUGACAUUGUUCAUGUGCCGCCUGAACUUGGCAAUUUAAAAAAUUUAAGACAGUUAAUGUUAUCUGGAAACUGCUUUAAAUAUCCCAGACAAGCAAUUUUAAUGAAAGAAACGGAAGAAAUAUUAAGCUAUCUGCGCAAUUUAAUACCUCAUUAAUGUUGUUCGUAAAAUGUAAUAGAAGUUAAGAAUGCAAUAGGCCAAACAGAACAAAUGCCUGAUUGUCGCUAAAUAUAAAUUGAUAUUUUAAAACAUGUUGUAAUUUAUAAUUUUACGUAAGUAAAUAAAAGGAGCGGGAUAAUACGAGGUUUCGAUCUGUGAUUCUCGUCUUUUGUUUUGAAUCAGAGAUUAAGUAAAUGUAAAAAUACAAAUUAUAUAAGGAUAAUUCAUUUUAUUUUAUCUGUAUACAAUAGCAACCAGCGUUAUAACCAUUGUAAAGGAGUGCAAAGUACACAAUAUAUCUUUGUUUCUUUUCUAAACAGAAAACGUUUUUACAAAAUUUUUCGUACGCGUGUCCAAUUACCUGUGAUUGACAGUUUAAGUACACAAUUCAACGCAUGUAUAAACUAAGUACACGUGUCUGAAGUACAUUCUCAUUGCUGUGACAAAAGAGUCAAAGUACUACCUCGAUAAUAAAAUAGUUUUUAUUCAACGAGUUUGAAAAAAUUAAGUAGACAAGUGUGAACAAAUAUACCCUUUCUAUAAUUCUUUAAAUAUAUAUAUUGCAUACUGUGCAUCGUCAUGGCUUUAGUUCUGUUUAUUUUUUUUUUUUUCAGGAAUAUAACCCUUUCACCAUAAAUCCACUAUCCCGUCUCUGGGGAUGAGUGUGCGGGAGAGGGCUACCUUCCGAGAAACUUAAUGUCAAUACGUACAUAUAUAUACAUAUAUAUAAUAUAUCGUGUGCAACUUUUUUAUAUGUAUACAGGGUGUCCCAGAA